AUGGCCGACACGCUCAGUCUCUCACCUCCCCCCGAGCACUCAGAGGGGGGAGUUUUGACGCAGUGGGAGAACGAGCAGCUCCACAGUCUGGAGGAGAGAGGUCGUCUUCUGCUCUCUCUGCAGUUUUUGCCUCCGCUGAGUUUGGAUGAUAAAGAUGUGGAGGGAGGAGGAGGAGGAGGAGGAGGAGGUGAAGGCCGCCGCAGUGGUGGUCUCUGUGUGGGCGUGAAGCGCUGCGCCCACCUGGCAGCCAUGGACGUCAACGGAUUCUCCGACCCCUACGUCAAAAUAUACCUGAAACCCGACAUACAGAAGAAAUCCAAGCACAAAACAACAGUGAUGAGAAAAACCCUCAACCCUGAAUUCAACGAG